CGUCGUCAUGCAUCCAUCCACGCACUCGUAAUCUGCACGCUCAGCAUCUCAAUCACCAUCCCCGUCGUCUAGCAGGCUCCUUUGUCAUCUGAAAGAAUGAGUAGCCAGCAACGUGGGCAAGGACACAAUGGGUCGGGCGAAGCUCUGCAGCAGGUUUCGCUCAUCAUCGAUUCCGAUCCUGGAGUGGUGCUCGCCCUUGUCCUAGCGCUGGCCCUGCCGCACGUCACUGUAAAAGCCAUCACACUGACAUUCGGCAACACUGAGCUCGCGCACGCCUUUUCCAACGUCGCACGCACCUUCAACGUUCUACACGCUCAUCUCUCCUCCUCCUCCUCCUCAUCCGCUCCCACAUCCUUCAAGGCUCGUUUCUCGCACUCCUUGGGUGAGGGCGCGCCGAGCAUCGAGCUGGCCAAAGGAGCAAGCGGACCUAUCGGCGGCAAAAAAUUCACCGCUGGUUAUUUCCACGGCAAGGAUGGUCUAUCGGGAGUUUCGAAAGAUGCGAGGUUCCCUGCGCAGCCUGUUCCUGCCCCUCUGAAAGCCACGGACGAACCAGCGCACAAGGUCAUACUGAAACACCUUAGGGACAAUCCCCCUGGCACCAUCCGCAUCGCGGCGAUUGGUCCAGUCAGCAACCUCGCCUUGGCUUUUCAAGAAGAUCCAGUCACUUUUGCUAGAGUAGCCGGCAUCUCCGUCAUGGGUGGCGCGCUCGACGUGCCUGGCAAUACAUCCCCGUUGAGCGAAUUCAACUUCUACGCCGAUCCUUGGGCCGCUCGAGCUCUGAUUGUGGACGCGCCUAAACAUCCUGUGCUAGCCAAUGGCGACAAUGCGCUGGGUUGGCGCCGGUUGCCCAUCGAUCUGCUCUCUCUCGACAUUACGAGCAAACACUUGGUACCCUUUGGUCGUCUUUGCAGCGGUCAAGGUCCUCUCGGUGACUUCAUGGCAACGAUACUGAAGCGACCCAGACAGGUGACCAACUCAUUCGCACCUGCCGGAAGAGACUUUGAUGCGAGCAUCGACGAUAUGUUCGUAGCGCACGAUCCCAUCGCCGUCGCACAUGCUUGUUUCUGUUCCUCUUCAGGAUCGGCGUCUCGCAACGCCUCUUCCAAAGAGACGCGCAGCUAUGCCUCUCAAAAUCGGUCAGAGUUCGAUGGGGAGUGGAGCAUGCAAGUCAGAAGGUUCGGUAUCGAGUGCGAAGGGGAGUUGACCAGAGGUUGCUGUGUGGUGGAUAGAAGAGCCAGCGUGAAAUCUGCGCAGGGAAAUGUGGAUCCGAAAGAUGCCAGUCUGGGCAAAGAUGAGGAAUUGGAUGAGGAUCAGAAGAGACCCGAUACGAGGGAAGGAGAUGUUCAUAUGGUCGAACAAUCUCCCGGAUGCGCAUGGUUCUCCAACGUGUUUUGCGACGCUUUGGGUGUUUAGCUGUUGGUCGUGCCGCAAUGUCUUUACGAAGUGGGUCGCCAAUUCAGCCCACUGUAGCCGCAGCCAGCUUGCGUAUGGACCUCUUAUAAAUGGAAUCGCAAUGCACGGAAUCGAAGC